UAAAUUAAAUGUUGGCGGACCGUCGGAGACAGGUCGCGGGAAAAACCGGCCGUUUCACAACCCGCCAGGAGUACGGUACAAAUAUCUCGAGGGCUCUAUAAAUACAUCUACGUACCCUCAUUUGAGACCGCCGAUUCAUUUUUUCUCGUCCCGGCUCUCGUUGCCCUAAUCGUCGCCGACGGAAUCUUGGGAGGCUACGUUUACAGUCAUCCAUGGCAAAGAAGAGAGGGAAAGCGUUAAAGGUUGAAGAACUUUUGAAUCAUUCUAUCUCAAAUAAAGGUGUUAAGAAACAUAUUAAGAAGAAGAAGUCAAGGAAGGCAAAUGAAACUUUGAAUUUGAAAGUUUCCCGUUCUUCUUCAAGCCAAGAACCUGUUAGUAUUCCAACACACGACUCAGUUACAACUUUGAUCCCUCCCAGCAAUGAUCAGAAGAAGUAUAAAGAAACGGAGGAAAAGAAACAUGUCUCUGGAUUCAUUUUUAUGUGCAAUGGAAAAACAAAGCCGGAAUGUUAUGAAUAUCGCGUUUUUGGCUUACCAAAAGGGAAAAUUGAAGUUGUGAAGAAUAUAGCUCCUGAUGCCAAGCUAUUUCUUUUCGACACCGACUUGAAGCUUCUCUAUGGCAUUUACCAAGCUACUACUAAGGGUGCAUUGGAUUUGGAACCAAGAGCUUUCGAUGGCCAAUUUCAAGCACAGGUGAAAUUUAAGAUAUUCAAGGAUUGCUUACCUCUUCCCGAAAGUGCUUUCAAAAAGGCUAUUAAAGACAAUUAUUCUGGUCAUCGGAAAUUCAGGCAGGAACUCAGUGGCACACAGGUAAAACAUCUAAUUUCCUUGUUCCGCCCUAUUGCCAAGAAUAAAACAUCUCAUAAGGAAUCACACGUUCGACCAAAUGUGGCGAAUAGGCCAUCAUUUAGGUCUACACGAACUAAAGUGGUUAAACCAUAUCCUCUUGAGAACUUGUCGUCUGGAGUGCACUACUUUCCAGACAUUGAGACAAGGCCUCAACAUGAUCACUACCUUCCGGACAUUGAGACAAGGUCUCAACAUGAUGUUCGUCAUGUGCAGUAUGAUCCAUUUGAACCAGGACUACAUUUCUCUCAUUCACAAGUGCAGCCUAGGCUUGUAAGAGUAGAAGCCCCUCCCCGUCAUGUUGAAGCUUAUCAUCCAGAGCAUGCACAUGAAGCAUAUUUUCGUGAAAAUUCUUUAAGAUACCCUCUAAAUUCAUAUGAAAGUAUUCGCAAUCCGAUUGAGACCUAUGAUAAUGGAGAUCUCCGGGAUGUGUAUGGGCGCCGGUAUCAUACACCACACUUGCAGUCUGAUCGAGAAGAUGAUGCUCGCAUAGAUUUUAUUCCUCGUUACUACAGCCAAUGGUUGUCUCCUACGGCCUCACAUACUGCUCCUUUGUCACAAGCAGCAGCAUAUCAUUCACAGAACAGGUUGCCAUCUCCAUAUCGCUCACAGCACAGGUUUCCAUCUCAGGACGGGGGGAGAGAUUACGCUGGUUUGCCUCAAGGAGGACCAGCUUCUGGUAGUCUUAGCUAUGGUGAAGCAAAUUUGUCAUUCUCUUAUUAUGACAAUUCAUCUGCUACUAGGCUAAGCUUUCGGUAAAUAGUCAGAGUUUGAUUUUGGUUUUGUUGACUGCUGUAGUCGUCAGUGGUCUGUUCCAAGGGAACCAUACAUUUGAAUGCCAUACCAUUCCUCUUAAUUGCUUGUAAUAACAAGACUUCAAAGUUCCUUUUUGUG